GGUGUAAAAAAGGCCCUCCCCGUCUUUGUAAUUAAUUGACACGUUAUACCACUCAUCAUGCUCUGAAGCACCAAUGGUAGAGGCUCGGAUCUCCCCAAAACCCACAAUUUCACAUCUGCAAACACUGUCUUCAUCCACUUGACUCCUAAGACCCGCCCACACGUGGCCAACCUUUCGCGUUUUUUAAUGCUUUUUCACUGCAGGUUCAUGUGUUGAGACCAACCUUAUAUGGACUGAUCGGACAAGGUAAUGGCUUAUUUCCCUCUAGCACCCAGCAGUAGCACAGUAUCCAUGAGCCACAUAUAGCACUUCAGCCACUUUGGCAUCCUUCCUGGACUUACAGAGACUGAAUCCGCCGCUUCACUUGCUUAGGCAAUGGUUAUCCAACAGUGGCUGCUUUGACUGUAUCUCAGCGUAGAGCGACUCUUUACUACUACAUCCUAUUUCUCCUGAAACAUCGCCUCUGCUUUUUUUUCUUUUUCUUGUUUGUUUGUUUCAAAAACAGCCGGAUUGUCCGAAAAGCUGGUGCUGCAACUUUUCCCUGCAUAUUUCCCCCCCCACCAGAAUAUGUCGUUGACCAACACAAAGACGGGCUUUUCUGUAAAGGACAUUUUGGACCUUCCUGACACAAAUGACGAAGAGGGAUCUAUCACCGGAGCGGAGGAAGACACGGAGGGAUCGGAGACCACGUCCACGACAAAAACCAGUGGAGUUUUGGUGCAAAGUCCUCUAGAAAACGUUCAAAAUCUGCCUUUAAAGAACCCCUUUUAUGACAGUAGUGACAAUCCUUACACACGAUGGCUUGCUACUACGGACAGUAUUCAAUAUUCAUUGCACGGUCUCUCCGCCAGCUCUCAGGACUCGGCCAAGUCCCCGGAGCCGUCCGCGGACGACGAAUCGCCGGACAACGACAAGGAAACUUCGAGCAGCGGCGGCAGCGACUCCGGCAAGAAGCGGAAAAGGAGGGUGUUGUUUUCCAAGGCGCAGACCUACGAGCUGGAGCGCCGCUUCAGGCAGCAGAGGUACCUGUCCGCCCCGGAGAGGGAGCACCUGGCCAGCCUGAUCCGCCUCACCCCGACCCAGGUCAAGAUCUGGUUCCAGAACCACCGGUAUAAGAUGAAGAGAGCCCGGGCCGAGAAAGGUAUGGAAGUGACCCAUCUCCCUUCUCCCAGGCGGGUGGCCGUGCCCGUCUUAGUCAGGGAUGGAAAGCCUUGUCACACUCUUAAAGCUCAGGACUUGGCGGCCACUUUUCAGGCCGGGAUCCCCUUCUCGGCUUACAGUGCCCAGUCACUCCAACACAUGCAGUAUAACGCGCAGUACAGCGCCGCGGCCACGCCACAGUUCCCCACAGCACACCAUUUGGUGCAAACGCAACAGUGGACUUGGUGAGAGAAAUUAUAGAGACUUGGCUCGGAGGCACGAUAGGGAGUUUCACCACAAAGCAAAGAAAAAAAUAAAAUACAAAAAACAAAAAGACUUUUCAUUUUUGCAGCUUGACUCAUAUAUAUACUACCAUUUUUAUUCGGGGCUCAUGUGUGCGCCGUGUUUACAUGUUUUCGUUAAGAGAACUGGGUCCAAACCUCUCCCUUAUAGAUUUUAUUAAGAAUGUCAAUGCUCUUCUUGUGAAUUUUUUUUUGUAAAGUAUGUUGUGUGUUGGUUGUAGAGAUGUUUUCCUCUUUUUUUUCUUUUGUCCCUUCGUGUUAUUAUCAGCACGUAUACGAACCACUUUAUAAUUAUAGAAAAAUUUAAUUUCUUGCUUCUUUUAUGGACCGAAAAAAAAUAUUUAUGGCCAUGAAUAAACACUGGCAAACUUUUCAGCUAUUUUUCCCUUUUGUUUUUAUUUCCUGUAAAUAUUUUGUGGCAAAUGUUUAGAGAACUUUCGGGAGCGUUAAGCUGAAGAUCGGCCUAUAUACAUUUCCAAAUUUAAAAAAAAAAAAAAAAAACACGAGGGAGUGAUUUUUUGGCUAAACAUUAUGACUGCCGUGUCAGAUCACACAUGUAAAUAAAUAACAGUGUAGCCUCGCGGUGAUGGCUAAAUAUCCUAAAUUUUUUAUAAGGAUUUUUAAAUAAAAUGCUGUGUUUCUGAAAGAGGGUUUGGUUUAUAUAAGUGUCCUAUUCGAGUUGAUCAUCUCUGAAAAGACAUCAUAAUGAAAGGCGAGGAGCCAAACGCUAUAUUGUGGCAGAGAAUGGAGCUUGACUAUGGGAAUAAAUCUCCAGCAGCACUUCAGUCUUUCUUUAUAGGCAAAUUUAAUCCAGGGAAUAUUUUUCUCUGAAUCCCGAACACCUCACUAAUAAAGAGCCUAAAGUCACUUGUGAAAUGGGACUAAAAUCCACUCACUUAAUAUAAGAGGGCUUCUCAGCACAAGAAGCUUUUAAGUCAAAUGCUCUCCUUUUUGUCAGCAUCCACAACCACUCUCCGGCCUUGGGUGUAGAGUGGAAGAUUGUGGAGGAGGGUUUUUUUUUUAAUCGUUUAAUGCAAUAAAUGUUUUGUUAUCUUGUUCAGCGCUAAACUGCAAAUAGAGCAGGAAUAAUCAAUGAGUCACCAGCCUUCUUUGUUUAACCACGGCCAACAGUCAGCUCAGACGCGCACGGCUCACAGGGGCUUUAACCGCCUAAUAAAGUUAUUUUUUAUAUGAUCAUAUAACGUGUUAGCAGCGAUGCCCCACACUCAAACACACUUCUCCCUAUUAGGCACCAUUUUCCUUAAGGAGGAAACCAAAACAAGCACAAAUGGCUCCCCAGUGAUCCGCAGAGCGCACUGCGGGAUUAUCAGACUCCAGUCAAUAUCUUGGGUAAAUAUGAUAACCUAGUAGAAAAAUCCAUGCAUUUUUUUUGUUUGUCCCGGGACAAAAAAAAUCUCACAACAGAUGUCAGAGUCGCCCCUAUCAUCACUGAACAAACAGCUAAAUUGGGCAGAUUUGCUAAUUAUUUACAGAAUUGAGUCUCAAGGGGGCUACUGCUUUUGUGGGCGACACAGACUCAAUUUGUCCCCGACAGAAAGGUUUUUGUGUUUCACCACUGGUUGAUCUUGUAGGUCAAAUAAAUCAGCAACUUGCUCAUA